AUGCGCUUCUAUUCGACAUUGGCUUCUGUGGCUUAUCUUGUCUCUCGCGUUCAGGCGCAUUUGCCCCACUACAGGCAUGCGCGAAACGCCAACGCUUUGACCGUCUCUUUGGAGCCUGUGUUUGGGCAAACGGCUCAAGUCAAUGUCUCUAUCAAGAACGACGGACCUACGGAUCUGAGUCUUCUCAAGAUUGGAAAUGAGGUACCUUUCAUGGGUAUUGAGUUGAGCCUAUACUAUGAUGGACUCAAUACCAACCACUUUGAGACGGUCGAAACUGGGUCCUCCAUUUAUAGAAUUAUGGACUUGUCCACCAUGUACGAUUUGAGGGCAGGUACAUACUCUGUAUAUGCCGAAGGUAGUCUCCCCGCUGCUUCGAAAGAAUCUAAGAAGCAAAUACCCGUUUUCUUCAAGUCCAAGGCUCUCUCGACGAAGAUCACCAAAGCUUCGUCAGCUGAGGCGAAGCAAAAGGCAUCGAAGCGUACCAUUCUCCAGGAGGACUCUUGCACUGCUGAGAAGCUUGAACUCACUGCCAACGGUAUAAAGAACUGCGAAUCGCUUGCCCGGGCCGCAGCGAAGGAUGCAUCUGACGUUCACUCCACGAGGUUCGUUGAGUACUUCAAGUCAAACGAGACCAAGACUCGCGAACAUGUCACAGGCCGACUCCUUGCCGUCGCUGAAGAGUGCUCCACUUCAGACAGUGGCAACACACGAGUCUCUUGCCGCGAUGAGAUUGGAUACUGUGAGAGCGACGGCCCUUUGAUCGCUUACACUACCUGGGUCAACGGCUAUGUCACUAUGUGUCCGCUAUUCUACAAUACGCUACCCCCUUUGCCGCAAAGGUGCCACAAGCAGGACCACGCCACUACGACGAUCCACGAGAUGACGCAUGCUAGAGCCGUAUAUGAGCAGGAGGUUUCGACUCAGGAUUAUGCUUAUGGCUAUGAGAACUCUACUGCAUUGGAUCCUCUGUCUUGUCUUUACAACGCUGAUUCGUAUUCUCUUUACGCCAACGGUACGUUCACUAUGCUCCACGGUCCUGUUCCUGAAUUGGAUGUGCUGACAGUCCUCAAGCGGUUUACAUGGAUUGUUAACAGUGUCAGGUAUGACACAAAGCGUUCCACCAAUGGCGGAGCUAAUUCCUGUCUACUAGGGUCAUAA